UGCCUAAGAAAAGGAAAGCACGCAGAUGUGUCCCGAGCGGUGGAGCUCCUCGAGCGGCUCCAGCGCAGUGGGGAGCUGCCCCCGCAGAAGCUGCAGGCCCUCCAGCGAGUCCUGCAGAGCCGCUUCUGCUCUGCCAUCCGGGAGGUGUAUGAGCAGCUCUAUGACACGUUGGACAUCACGGGCAGUGCUGAGAUCCGGGCCCAUGCCACAGCCAAGGCCACGGUGGCUGCCUUCACAGCCAGCGAGGGCCACGCACAUCCCCGGGUAGUGGAGCUGCCCAAGACAGAUGAGGGCCUGGGCUUCAACAUCAUGGGGGGCAAGGAGCAGAACUCCCCCAUCUACAUCUCCCGUGUCAUCCCUGGAGGCGUGGCUGACCGCCACGGAGGCCUCAAGCGUGGGGACCAGCUGCUGUCAGUGAACGGUGUGAGCGUUGAGGGUGAGCAGCACGAGAAGGCAGUGGAGCUGCUGAAAGCAGCCCAGGGCUCUGUGAAGCUGGUAGUGCGUUACACACCUCGCGUCCUGGAGGAGAUGGAGGCCCGCUUUGAGAAGAUGCGCUCUGCCCGCCGGCGCCAGCAGCACCAGAGCUACUCGUCCUUGGAGUCUCGAGGCUGAAGCCACAGUAUCUGGACCCUCACCCCGCGCCCUACCCUGUACAGUAUUUAUUGUCACCGGCUCCUUAUUUAAAGAUCUUUGACCCCCA